UUAAAAAUAAAUGCAGCAUAAUGCAUGCCGAUUGUUUCCAGUUUGGUCAGUAACCAAAUUAAGAAUCUUAAAUAUCUUGGUUAAAGUUCAAACUACGAAAGGAAUGUUACACGCGUGAUAAGACAAAAGUCAGGAACGUCUGUUCGAUGCAUCGUGUUGGCUCUGUUACUUUUGUUCGAGGAACGGCCGGGGAACAAGGUCACGCAGGUAAAAUGGCAGUCGCCGAGCGAACUACGACCGCGUCUCGAUCGUAACUCCGUGACUUGAUAAACGAAGAAGAAUGAACGUGUUUCUUGUAUUUCGAGAAUUUGUUUCGAAAUCGGCCUCCCGUUCACGGGCCACGCAAUAACGUACCGGCAUCUCUUGACCGUGGUUUCUCGAGGCUCGACCAAUCUGGUUAGGCGUAUUCCAAACGAGUCGCUGCGAACACGAUUCAGGUUCUCCCGUGUUCGUGCAAAUCUACCGGUGUAAGAUCGGAAUCGAUCAAGCCACAACGAAGCUUUCGAGUCGCGGAAGGAAGUGGAAAGUAUUGUACUUGUGAGACGUGUCCGUCGUCGAAACCGGAUUCGUUUGGUUAGCGGUCGGAAGAGGCUGGAUGGUGCUCGACUUUUUUCGGUGAUUCGAAUUCGGAACAGUUCUUUUUCGAACAGGUGCGAAAGAAAAGAGUUCCGACCGGUGACGUAACUACGCGGAAUGAUAAUAGAUACAGAGGUUAACCGCUUGCGUUCACGAUCAGAUAAACAGAUCGAAAUCGUGCUUCGUGUUCGGCAACUCGUAUCAAAAGGUGCGCCCAAUAAAAGGUUUCGCUGGUGUUCGGUACUCUGUGCGAGAUCUUCACUGUUACAACAAUGAAAAUGGAGGCAGAGCAUAGGUUGGAGCAGCUGAAGAAGGCGACUGACAGAAUACAGAAAGAGAUCGAAGAGGUCACGGAGAGGGAGCACGAGCUGAGGAACGUGGGCAGCAUUAAAACCACAUCCCACGAGACGGUUGAUUCCAAGAUAAAGAAUAUGGACAAAUAAGGUACGACGAAUGCCGCAAGCUUUAACUUCAGGAAAGUUAAAGAGAACAACGUCCACCCCGCAAAUUCUGGAAGCAGUUAGUUUAACUCCAUCGACACCACCUUUAACGCCAAAGAUGACGAACGGAGUGAUAUCCAGUCGCACAACACCGACACCUUUACGUUUCGCGACAGCACCCAGCCAAAAAGGGUUGAUGCAUAGGUUUUUGGCUACCCGAGGGAAAAUUUACAAACCGAAAUCCACUGUUAACGACACACUGACACCACCUACCACACCUACUAUCACACUGAAUCCAUUGAGUAUUAAAGCUUUCAACAAGAGUCUGGAAAUUCAAUUCGAACCGGACGACGAACCUAAGAAGCCGCCGGUCAGGAAAGGAUACGUUCCGGUGGAAGAAAAGAUUCAGAAAGAAUUGCAUGAAAUGAAAGAGCGAGAAAAUGAGCUCAGAUUAAUGCGGUCGCAGAUGCUGGCGAAAUCGCAACCAAAUUUAUUAGAUAUUGGAAACGACAAUGAUUCGGACAUAUAUGAUGGUUCGAGCUCUUUAAGAAGUGGCACCUCGUCUAACACUUUAAAUGAGGAUGAACUAGAAAAGGAAGCUAAAGGAAAGCACAAGCCUAAUCCACGACGCCGAAGCACCCUCAUCGCGCAAUGGGAAAAUUUGAUAGCUGCAAAAAAGGAAUCGAACGAUAAGAACAAUGAGAACGAUUUAAAUUUCUAAAAAGUUUCUACGCAUUGUAAAAACUAAACAAUCAAUUUUUAUCAUCGUUCUUUGAAAGUCGCUAACAGGUAUGGUAAGAUCAGCUGAAACAUUUCCAUUACCCUCAGCAUUCAAACCUAACACAGUACCACCCUUACUAUACUGAUAUUUAUCAGUCUGAUAAAACAACCUUUUUCAUAUCAGUAUGUAACUCACCAUAAGUAUAAUACGAUGAGCAUAUAAUGUUUUAUUCUUAAAAUAAUUAUACGCAUCAUGCAUUUUCGGGCGACGCAACAAUGCAUGUCACGAUUUAUAAAAAUACUUAACAGGCACACCAAUACACGUAUUAAGCAAAAACUUAUCAUAAUGACGAUUAAUGUAUCUACCGCAGUGUUGUUGUCGGUGUCCAUAUCAGUUCCAGUAAAAUCCAUAAUUUAAUCAAAAUUUUUACUAUUUUUUCUUGUUGGUCUUUAUUUAAUUUUUUUGAUCCACUUGGUUUUGAUCUGUUGUAUUUUUUUCUUCAUCAGAGAGUUCGAAUUAUAUUUACCUUUAGUUGGGUAUUGUCUCUGGAGCUGUGUGGAGAAGACUGAUAUGAAACUAAACAUUUAAGUCAUAUUUAUACUACCCGCUACUGCCGCCGCCUGUCCUCCUCCACGCAGAUUUUUAUAGCUUACAAAUGCGCGCGUGCGACAAUGGGUUUUCAUUUUUAAAAUAUGUUUUAUGCCAAUAUUAUUGGUUUUGUUCAUCUGUUCAACUUGCGUACUAAUUUAUUUAAGAAUACGAUAAAUAUUUAUUCAAAAGUGAAAAAUUUACCUGAUUAAUUAUAUAUUAUAUUUAAUGUUUUCUUUUUUUAGAAGCUUUCAGUAUUAAAGAAUAAGCUACACUAAAAAUAAAAUUAUCCCUAUUAUUUUUAAGUAUUACAAGCAUAUAUAUCUCAUAUAUUUGCUUGUUAAUUGUAAUAUAUCUAUUACUAUACAUAUUAUAUGUAUUUCUAACUAUGUAUUAUGUACUUAAUCAGUUGUAAGGAAUAAUUACAUAUAUGUAUGUUUGAUUUAUUUGCAUAUGUGAUAGUAUAAUUCUAAUUACAUAUAAGGAUAAAGGAUUAGUUUGUGCAAUCAUUCUUGAGUUAAUAAGACGCGUAUGUUAAA